UGCAGGUGCGCAAGUUCCUGGUGCUGAGCAAGAGCCGCGACAGGAGCACGGCCGAUAGGCUGUCCCUGCUUGCCGACUACGUGACGAGCCGCUUCACGAGCACCGCCUGCCUGCGCCGCUACGUACACCAGCACUUCCGCGGAGCGCACGUGGACGACGACGAGGUCUCGGCACUGGCGGCGCUGCUUGCGCUGGGAUUACGGGUGGACGCGACUGCACGGAGGCCCGUGGCUGCUAUGCGCGCCCACAAGUACUGGCACGCCCCGCAGGCCAGAUCACCAACUUCGCCUGUGGAGAAUGUGGUCGAAUCAUCGCUGGACAACACGACCACUUGCACGUGGGACGCGUCCAGCGCCGAACUGCCCUACCGUCAGGCCUCCGGCGAAGAGGAGGAAGAUGAUACGGACGACGACGACGAGGAGGAAGAAGGCGGCGGAGAGCCGCAGCACUCGGACACUGGUAGUUCGGCCGCCAUGGUGCUGCUGCCACACGGCCCAUCGCCGUUGCAGAUGGUGGGCGGCCAGUCGCCCGGAUCUCUGGCUGCCCGCACGCGAAGGUGGCUCGCUGUCCUGACGGGCCGACAGCCGCCUUGAAUUCGCUAGGCCAGGUCGAGUGGUGCACAUCAGCCAGAAUAAACAGCGAUCUGGCCAUUACAUGGCGACGGAUUUCACAAGAACUUCGCUAAAUGUUUUUACCGAACUCAAAA